GCCACCGCCUCCUCGCCCACCUGGCCGCGCUCGGCACAGCAGCCGCCGCCGCAGCAACAUGUUGCCCAGGGGAGCCUCGUCCAUGCCGCCGCCUCCCAACUCCGCUCCCUACAGCCCGCCUCCGCGGGUCACGCUGCCCUCCGGCCUGGAGAUCCUGCGCACCUUCUCGGGAGCCGUCAUCUUCCUGGAGAUCCUGUUUGGAACAAUAGUGUGGAUUUUGGUCGCUUCCACUGGAGUUCCACUGCCAGUGCUUCAGGGAUGGGUAAUGUUUGUGGCAGUGACAGCGUGGUUCCUCUCCAUUGUCUUCCUCUCUGUGUUCCUCUUUGGUUAUGCAAAUAGAGUUGCUGUCAACUGGAACCAGGCGGAUUUUAUUUUCCAUGGGGCUACUUUUGUCUUUUAUUUUGGAGCAUUUCUACUGCAAGCAGCAACUACAUCUCUGCAUCACUUUCCCCGCAAAUUCAACUCCACCACACAAGAGAGUAUUCUAAAUGGUCGUGAAUAUAACAUAAGCAUAGCAGCCUCGAUUUUUGCCUUUGCGACGGCUAUUUGUUAUGGUUGCAGCACAGCCCUGGCAUUAAGGAGAUGGAGGCUAAAUAACAGUUGAAGAGAGGUUAAUGCCCACGUGUUCCACUUCAGAUCAAAUUAAGUGCUACUUGUCUGUUUUACUGUAAUUUAAUUCUAAAAAGACUUUUUUUCCCUGCUUAAAAUCUGCUUUAAAUGCAAGUAACCCCUAAUCAGGAUUUCUCCGACAGAAAAAGUAGUUUCCAUCUCUUCCUUUCUGAUAUUUACUUUUACUGUGUACUCAUUGUAAAGUAUUAGAGAGGUUAGGGAUAAAGAGAUAUGUCAUUAGCAGAAACAGAACUCCAGUGCUACACCAGAAGAGGAAGAAAAUGGAAACUAAGCCAGGAUGUUAACUGCACAGGCAGCUAAAAAGCUCCCCCCUUGUUAAGCCUUGGGAUUAAGUGCUUUGCAGUGUUACAGUGCACUCCACACUGGUAGAGCCUUGAGGCUCCUGGUAGAGUCAUGGGUGUUCUGUGUGCUGCUGUUUGCAUGAUCAGAGCCCAAGCUGACUUUGAAAUUCCAAGUCAGUAUAUGUAUGUUAUUAACAUUAUGUACAGAGAAAAUAUUUUUAAAAACCAUCCAGUGAAAUCUUUUUAUACUCUCUUAUAGCUAUAUCUGGCUAGGGUCACCUGAGCCUUAAAGCUUACUGUGCUCCAUACUAGAUGAAAACUGGGACUUUCGAUCAGUAGUUUAUUAGUUUUAGGAAUUUAGCUUAAUCAGAUCUAUUUAUACUGCAAAACAAAACAGUGCAUUUGUGUUGUGUAUGUAUAUACAUGGUAUAUUUUUGUUUAUCAGGAAUUUUUGCACUGUUUAACUUUGUUGGAGUACAGCUUUGUUCUUGCUACUUCAAGUUCGGCAUUUGUCAGGUAUUAUGUGAGUCAAUGUCAUUUGAAUGGAAUGUUACCAAAUAGUGAAUAAUGUCUGACCUCAAUUCUUGCCGUGUGUUAUUUGUUGCAUUCUAAGCCUGCAGUGUUGUAAAGGUAUUUUUAUUUGGACAGAUGCCUAUGCAACAUCUUGCUGAAAGCAGUGGAAGGCAAAGCAGCCUGCCCAUUGUGGAGUUUGCUUUUCUCACAAAUGAUGUUUAAUUGAGCCGCUCUUGGAUAUCCUGGUGUAUGAUCACAUGCAAUAUUAUAUACAGAAAAUUGAUUCAGAAAAACGAAACUAUAGCAUUGUACUCUGCUCCCUGGCACUCAUGUCAUUUUGCACAUGGUGAAGCUUUUUGUUAUUUUGGUGGUAAAUAAUUUUUGCUUUUGUGAAUAGUGCCAAGAAGAUAAGCUGGAACAAUGAAGGCUCCCUGUCAUUUGUAAAACAACUUGUUCACUACAUCUUGCCAGCACACCUGAUUAUUCUGCAGAGACCAGCAGUGGUUGCUUAAGGGAAGACAGGAUUUCCUUCAUUCCUAGGCCUACUCACUCUCCUUGAGCCAACAAGGAUGUCUGCCCUUGAUCAAACUUGUCAGGUACGAGGAUCUCCAAGGGGCAGCCACCUUCAGCAGGUUCUUGUGGGUGGCACAGCAGCAAGUGGCUCCCUUCUGACUGUGGAACCACUUGGUCAUCCUGAAUUACUACAAUGGGAUAUUGUUGUAUAUCUGUUUUCUGAAGGGUUUUUUCUUCCAAAGAUUUUGUACUCCGGCUGAUUGUUUUUCCCCUAAUUCUCUCAUUGCAUUGAAACUUUUUGUGAACAUUUUAUCUAGAGCCCUAUACUUUUAAAAAUGCUUCAUAUUGUAUAGAAUACAUUUACACUGGAGUAUAUGGAUGAAAGUAUAUAACAAAGACUUAUGCUAAGCAGCAUUAAAGUUACUUAAUAUAUUUAUGGCAGUAGUCUGGUUGUUAAUUUUGUCUUUGGAAAGUAUCAAAAAAGCUACCUUGCUACUCUGACUCACCUGAUGCUAGAUAUACAAAGUUGAGGCUAAGAUUCCAUGAGAAGGCACAGUUGCAUUUGGGCUAGUUUUUAUAUAUGUUUAAUUAGUUUCACAG